AUGUCAAUUCCACAAGGGUCGAGGCCAUUAACAUUCAUCACGAUGAAUACGCCGAAGGGUCAAGAAUUCCAAGAAUUCGCCGAGCAACUCAAGCUUGUCUACCACUUUGCGUUCACUCAUCAUUUGAUGGACGUGCGGGGUGGACAACAAAGAAGUGAUUUGUUCAUGAAAUUGAACCCGAAUGCUGAGCACAGCAAAUGA